AUGUUUCUGUAUGAGAAAUUCGAUCAUUCCUUCCAUUUUCCACAGAAGGAACAGAAACCAUUUCUAUUUCUUUUGGUUUUUGCGUUUGUACGAAGCAGUAAACAACUUUUGGCUCAUGAUCUUGAUAAAGAACGUGGAAUUCCAAUUGAUGAUUACAAGUUCAUCAAGUUUCAUAUGUCUAAUCAUAUAUCGAAACUGGCACAACACAUAAAGAUUAGGCAAAGAGUUAUUGCAACUGCAGUAACGUAUAUGCGUCGCGUUUACACAAGAAAGAGUUUGUCGGAAUACGAGCCUCGGCUUGUUGCUCCCACCUGCUUGUAUUUGGCUUGCAAAGCAGAAGAGAGUGUGGUGCAUGCCAAACUUCUUGUCUUCUACAUGAAAAAACUUUAUGCUGAUGAAAAGUUUAGAUAUGAGAUCAAAGAUAUUCUGGAAAUGGAGAUGAAGGUCUUGGAAGCUUUGAACUUCUAUCUUGUUGUAUUCCACCCAUACCGAUCUCUUCACUGA